GCGGGGCUAGUGGCUGGAGUAGGCGGGCGGCUGGGCGGGAGGGAAAAAAAAAACCGUUCUUAAAGAGAACUUCCUGGACAGAGCUAGCCCGCCCCCAACCCCAGUCCAGCCUUGGAAACUAGGGAUAGCGCCUUAACGAGAAGUCGAUCGCCGUGUUCAGAGAAAAGCUGGGAACCUAGAGAUUCAGAGCUAACAACCUACAGACCAGUGCUUUUCGAGGAUGACUGUGGGGAUCUUUGCAAAUUGUACCUUCUGUUUGAAAGUCAAGCACUUACCUCGUCAACAGAAGAAAAAGCUACAAAAUGACAUUAAGGAGAAUGGUGGAAAAUUUUCCUUUUUAUUAAAUCCUCAGUGCACACAUAUAAUCUUAGAUAAUGCUGAUGUUCUGAGCCAGUAUCAACUGAACUCUAUCCAAAAGAACCAUAUCCAUAUAACAAACCCAGAUUUUAUAUGGGAAUCUAUCAAAGAAAGGAGACUCUUGGACGUAACGAAUUAUGAUCCUAAUAAGUCACCAGACAUCACACCACCUCCUUGUCAAAAGGCAAGCAGUUCUGAAAUGACAACAGAUGAUCUGUCCCAGGACAACUCCACUGAGAAGGAAAACGUUGUGGAACUCACAGAGUCUUAUACAGAGAAUGCUGAAAUUCCUCAUUUUCCACAAGAUUUCGAAGUUGCAAAAUAUAACACCUUGGAAAAAGUUGGGGCGGAGGGUGGUAAGGCAGUGGCGGUGGUGGAACUGCAGUGCUCCCGGGAGGAGCCCGGGGACGCCGCCUUCCUGAUAUCCGCACACUUCCUCUCGGCCACCGGCGUCAAGACUAGAAGACACUUCUCUGUAAAGAAAACCUCUGCAGAUGCAAGUGAGCACUAUGAAAAUUACAUUGAAGAACUGAAGAAACAAGGAUUUCUGCUAAGGGAAUAUUUUACACCCGAAGCAACCCAGUUGGCAUCUGAAAAACUGCAGGCGUUGCUUUUGGAGGAGGUAAUGAAUUCAAGCACUCUGAGCAAAGAGGUGAGCGAUUUGGUGGAGAUGGUCUGGGCGGAAGCUCUCGGCCACCUGGAGCACACACUUCUCAAGCCUGCGAACAGGAUUAGUCUCAAUGACGUGAGCAAGGCAGAGGGAGUUCUCCUUCUAGUAAAGGCAGCCCUGAAAAAUGGAGAAACAGAAGAACAAUUGCAAAAUAUGAUGACCGAGUUCUACAGAUUAAUACCUCACAGAGGCACAGCAACUGAAGAAGUGAACCUGAGACUAUUAGCUAAGAAAGAGGACCUCUGCCAGCUAAUAAGAGACAUGGUUAAUGUCUGUGAAACUAAUCUGUCCAGACCCAACCCGCCUUCUCUUGCCAAAUACCGAGCUUUGAGAUGCAAAAUUGAGCAUGUUGAACAGAACACUGAAGAAUUUUUCAGAGUUAGAAAAGAGGUUUUACAGAAUAAUCACAGUACAGGUCCAGUAGACAUCUUGAAGAUAUUUAGAGUUGGCAGAGUGAAUGAAGCCACAGAGUUUUUGAGCCGGCUUGGCAAUGUGAAGUCCUUACUGCAUGGAUCUCCCGUACAAAGCUUUGUAGGGAUCCUGUCCCGUGGGUUGCUUUUACCCAAAGUAGUUGAAGAUCGUGGCACAAAGAGAACAGACACUGGAAAUCUUGGGAGUGGGAUAUAUUUCAGCGAUUCACUCAGUACGGGUAUUAAGUACUCCCACCCGGGAGAGACCGAUGACAGGCUCCUGGCUGUCUGUGAUGUAGCCCUUGGAAAGUGUGCGGACUUACACAGAAAAGACUUCUCCUUGUCGGAAGCACCACCAGGUUAUGACAGUGUCCAUGGGGUUCGAGCAACAGCCACUGUCACCACGGACUUCGAGGAUGAUGAAUUUGUUGUGUAUAAAACCAAUCAGAUUAAAUUGAAAUAUAUCAUUAAAUUUUGCCUACCUGGAGAUGAAAUAAAGGACUUUCAUCCUUGUAAUACUACUGAAUUAGAAGAAUCCAGACCUGAGUUUUCAAAUUUUUCAAAGGUUGAAGAUUAUCAGUUACAAGAUGCCAAACCUUUCGGCAACAUCAGGUCUGGCCUUCAGGAUGUCUCUGGCAAUUCAGUUCCUCUUGAGGAGGUUCACAUCAAAGGAAGAAUAAUAGACUUUGUAGCCCAGGUCAUUGUUUUUCAGACAUAUACAAAUCAAAGUUCUGUGCCCAUUGAGGCAAAAUAUAUUUUUCCCUUGGAUGAUAAGGCAGCUGUCUGUGGUUUUGAAGCAUUCAUCAAUGGGAAACACAUAGUAGGAGAGGUUAAAGAGAAGGAAGCAGCCCACCGUGAAUACCGAGAAGCCAUCAGUCAAGGCCAUGGCGCUUACUUGAUGGACCAGGAUGCACCCGAUGUUUUUACUGUUAGUGUUGGAAAUCUACCCCCUAAGGCCAAGGUCCUGAUCAAAAUUACCUACAUCAUGGAACUCAGCAUCCAAGGCACCAGGGCCGUCUUCUUCAUGCCCGCCACCGUAGCACCCUGGCAACAGGACAGAGCUUUGAAUGAAAACAGUCAGGAUACAGUAGAGAAGAUUUAUGUAAAGGAAAUAGGAACAAAGCAAAGCUUCUCUUUGUGUAUGUCCAUUGAGAUGCCAUAUGUGAUUGAAUUCAUUUCUAGUGAUACACAUGAACUGAGACAAAAGAGUACAGACUGCAAAGCUGUAAUUAGCACCAUGGACGGUAGCUCCUUAGACAGCAAUGGAUUCUCCCUUCACGUCGGUUUAUCUGAUGCACAUCUCCCAAGAAUGUGGGUCGAAAAACAUCCAGAAAAAGAAAGUGAGGCCUGCAUGCUUGUUUUUCAACCAGACCUCAAUAUCGCACUCCCUGACCUAGCUGAGAACAAUGAAGUGAUUAUUUGUCUUGAUUGCUCCGCUUCCAUGGAGGGUGCGACAUUCUUGCAAGCCAAGCAAAUUGCCUUGUAUGCACUGUCCUUGGUGGGAAAGAAGCAAAAGAUAAACAUUGUCAAGUUUGGCACAGGUUACAAGGAAUUAUUUUCAUAUCCCAAGUACAUCACAAGCAACAAUGUGCCAACAGAGUUCAUUAUGUCUGCUACACCUACCAUGGGAAAUACAGACUUCUGGAAAACACUCCGGUAUUUAAAUUUACUGUACCCUUCUCAAGGGUUACGGAACAUUCUCCUUAUAUCCGAUGGGCACCUCCAGAAUGAGAGUCUGACAUUGCAGCUUGUGAAAAGAAAUGUCCAACACACCAGGCUGUUCUCCUGUGGUAUUGGUUCUACAGCAAAUCGUCAUAUCUUAAGGACUUUGUCCCAGUACGGUGCUGGAGUAUUUGAGUAUUUUAACUCAAAAUCCAAACACAGUUGGAAAAAACAGAUAGAAGACCAGAUGACCCGGUUGCAUUCUCCAAGUUGUCACUCUGUCUCCGUCAAGUGGCAGCAGCUAAGUGCAGAUGCACCUGAACCCCUGCAGGCCCCAGCCCAGGUGCAGUCCUUGUUCCUCAACCAUCGACUCCUUGUCUACGGAUUUAUUCCUCAUUGCACACAGGCAACUCUGUGUGCAUUAAUUCAGGAGAAAGAAUUUUCUACAAUGGUAUCAACUACUGAACUUCAGAAGACAACUGGAACUAUGAUACACAAGCUGACAGCGCGAGCUCUGAUCCGAGAUUAUGAAGAUGGCAUUCUCCAUGAAAAUGAAACGAAUCAUGAGAUGAAGAAGCAAGUGUUAAAAUCCCUGAUUAUUAAACUCAGUAAAGAAAACUCUCUCAUAACACAAUUUACAAGCUUUGUGGCAGUUGAGAAAAGGGAUGGUAAGGAGGCACCUUCUCCUAAUAUUCCAAAUAUUAUGGAACUUAUUGCCAAAGAGGAUGUAGAUUUCCUGCCAUACAUGAGCUGGCAGGAGGAGCAACCAGAUGCCAGUGUGGUACAGCCUCUUUCAGCAUUCUCUACACGGAAUGAAGAGCUGCGACAUCAUUUGACUAACAGAAAACUUGGAUCACCUAAGCUGGAAGUUUUUGAAGAUUUUGAAAAGGGUUGCUUCAGCUCCCCACUAUCAGAAAAAUCUUUAACACUCAAUUUCGCAUGUGAAGAUGUGGAAAUGCCAUCGGAUAUAAGUCAGAUGGAUUCAUUUCAGCAAACAGGAACUGAACCAUUAUAUAGAAGUGACCCUUUCCUAAAACAGGGUGCUUGCAGUAUUUCUGCUGCCCAUAGGUUAGCCUGUUUGGAAGUUGAGCCCGUAAUUGGUUCUCGUUUCCACUGUCCUUCCCACUUACAUCGUUCAAAGGCUUGUCUUGCUUCUCCUGCUAGUUCUGAACAGUCUGGUCCAUCUGAGAAUGACCAAGACCUUCAAACUGACAGUUGUAGUGAUUCUUCCCUUGAGUCAUCUGCCGCUUUCAGACUGUCUCUCCUGCCUUUGAGCUCCUUUGCUUGUGUUCCUUAUUCAGGUGACUCAUAUAACUUUGGACAGGUUGAUCUACCUGACAGUUAUCAAGGUCAUAAGACUGACAAUUGUGCUAGCAAUUCUCUUGAGUUGGACUCUCCCCCACAGCCGAAUACUUUUUUCUCUCCUCCUAGAGUUCCUUCCUCUGGUCUACCCAGAGAGUUUGACUUUCAUUACCCUUCUGGUUCUCCUCUUUAUUUUCAAAAUUCCUCAGUUCAUUCGAGCACCGCUUACAAGCCACGGAUAGAUCUGUUUGCUAACACAGAAUUGGAGGCUUCUUCAGCAAAUGUUUGUGCCAUAAUUUCAUCAUCUACUUCAAGUAAUGGGCAUUUUUCUGAAACAAAAAAUGUUGAAACACCAAGAUUUCAGAAACGUCGUUUGGCAAAAUCUGUUCUAACAGGAAGUGCCUUUACUGCAAGCUUUCAGGCACAAAAAGAUGAACAAAGCUGGAUGAAUUUUGUGCCUUGGACCAAACUCUUCAGUCUACAAACUGAGGAUGGCUUCUGGAAACUUACAUCAGAACUGGGAUUUAUUUUAAACCUUAAUACAAAUAUUUUAAACAGCUUUCUUGAACAAAAAGGCAUUAGAUCUCUAGGUAUAAAAGGAAGCGAGUGUCUCCUGGACCUGAUCGCCACAUUUCUGGUACUGCAGUUUCUUUGUACCAAGUUGGAACAAAAGGGAAUAGUCUUCAAAUCACUGAUGAAGUUGGACGAUGCUUCCAUUUCCAGAAAUAUUCCCUGGGCUUUUGAAGAAAUAAAGAAAGCAAGUGAGUGGGUAAGAAGAACCGAAGGACAAUAUCCAUCUAUCUGCCAACGGCUUGAAUUGGGUCAAGACUGGGACUCUGCAACUAAGCAGCUAUUGGGGAUCCAAACCAUAGACACCACUUCUCCUCUUCACAGAGUUCUUAAUUACAAUCAAGGCUGAAUCAACUGAUGUUGUAUUUUAAACAUUAUUCAUGCUUCUAUGUGUAAAAUAAUCAGAUAUCAAUAGAUACCUAUAAUGAAGUUUAAUUCAGAUUUUAUUCAAUGUAGCACUCACUUUAAACAGAAACAGAAUUGAUUAUUUUAAUGAACUAACAAGUGAUGACCAAUUACAAUAUUACAGAUUUUUUGUGUUUAAAUGCUUAAAGUAAUAAGAGAUACACCUGGCUAGUCCUGGAGCCUAUUUCCUUCUCCCCUUUAAGGAGUCUGGUAUAGAAUCUGGCCAGCUAGGCUGAGAAAGCUGGGGAGAAACAAGGCCUUUGGCUGAUGUCAGUGUUGCUGACAUGCCAGCCUGUUUCCAGGCCCUGAGUAUCUAGACCUUUGCCCUCGGUAUGCAUACUCCCUGCAUCCUAGUCUGUAGAUCUCUUGAUACAUUUUUUGUCACUCAGAGAAACUAGGUGUCUCAUGCAAUUCUUUCAUGAAUCUUGCUUUUGGUAUUGCAUCUAAAAUCCUACAGUCAUGUAGAUUUCUUCCUAUGUUAUCUUGUAGAAGUUUUAUAAACUUUGCAUUUUAUGUUAUGGUC